GGGGCGCAGCUGAAGGCCAGUUUCUCCACCGGGGAAGUGUGCAAUGGAGUUGUGUCUGACGACAAGAACGCCAGUCGAACUCUAAGGUAAGUGGUCCGCAGUAUCCAGUGAUCUUGCUGGAAAGUGAAUGUUGCUAUCCAUAAACGAGCUGCAUUUUUUUGCAAUCAGUCAGCAGCAAGGAUGAAAAGAUUUAUGGAACCCGUUGUUGAAAGUUAUUUCAAUCAAUACCGUAUUUAGUCUGUUACUGGUGUUACUGGAGACUUUUGAAGACUUAAAGACUCCCUCCCACAUGCGAUCGUAGCAGGAAAUGUUCACCUGCUGUGCAUCCAGACUGCAAGUCGAGUGAGUGCACAUCGUGUGGCGAAAACCGCAAGAUUCCCAGGCCACUCAUUCCUGCACGGAAUUAGCUUCAUUGUGCAGGUAUCCCUGUCUUCAGCAGUCAGGACUCAGUCUGGAGCCUCAAGCAAGAACAACUAAUAACUGGAUAAAAGUGCUCGAGAGAGCUGAAUCCCGUUGGAUCUCGAGCCCUCUCGCACGACAGCAUCUUCAUCCCGGAGGAGUCGGCCAAUCAGGCCGGCCCGGAUCGCACCAUGUCCCAGGAAAACGUCUCGGACAAAGUGAAAAAUCUGCAGAAGCAGAUCGUGCAGACUAUCAAGUUCGGCCAGAAGCCCCCCUCUCUGAGAAGAAGCGAGGGGGAUGAGAUAAGUUCCGAGGAGGAGGAGGCGCCGCAGAGUCCUCUGAGAGUGACAGCGCAGGUCGAAACGGAGCCGCUAAAAGCGGAGACGACGGUCCAAGCGGCUCCGCAAGCGAGAUCGCACAGCACCCCUAUGAAGUCCCCCAGGUCCAAAAGUGUACUUCCACCCGACGGUACUAUCGAGUCGGUUAACCUGGAUGCCGUUCCGCAGUCGGUGUCUCUCCUGGACAACACCGCAGCCAAGCAUAAACUGUCUGUCAAACCCAAGAAUCAGAGGGUUUCACGCAAACAUCGGCGGUUUACACAGGACCUGUCCCACCCUGGCGUGGUGCAGGAGGACCCGGAAGUGGCAGGUGUCACCACGGAGCACCGACGCAGAUCGUCUGCAGAAGAGUACCUGGAAGCCUUCAAGAAGCAUCGAGUUGAAGCGGAACGACUAGACGAGAAGAGGAAGAGGGAGCUGGAGGAAGAAGAGAGGAGGCAGCGAGCUGAGCAACUGAGGAUCGAAGAAGAGGAGAGGUGUCGUAAGCAGCGGGAAGAGAAGGAAAAAGAAGAGAGAAGGCUCCAUGAGGAAGAAGAGAGAAGGAUGAGGAAAGAAGAGGAGAGGAGGCAGCAAGAGGAGGAGGCAAGGAGGCUGAGGGCAGAGCAAAGAAGGAAGGAGGAAGAGGAAGCCAGGAGGCAGCAGGAGCUUGAGGCUCAACGACUAUGUGUGGAGGAAGAGGAGAUCAAGAAGAAGCAGAAAGAAGCAGAGAAGCAGAGGUUCCGCGAGAUCCAAGAGAAACGCAAAGUGGAUUCGGAGGAACAGCUGAAGAGAAUGGCGGAAGAUGAAGGGGACAGAUGCUCGGAUGCUCAGGAGAGGAAGAGGCGAGCCGAUGAGCUUCGCUGGAGGGAGAUGGAGGAGCGGCAGAGGCCUUUCUCCUUCCAAGUUUCCUCCGGAGAAAAAGAAAUCCUCUUUCCGAAAGUUAACCUGACGCCCGUUACGCCCCCCUCGGGCGUCCACGGGUCAGCCGUUUCAAGAGAAGGCAUCAGGUCCUCCUCCGAAGCACCGUACUCCCCCAACCGGCAGACUUCUCCGUACGUCCCCCACACCGCCAUCCUGGUGACCGGCACCCAGCUGUGUGGCACCGCCGUCAAUCUGGACCUGAUCAGGGAUACUGCCUGCAAGUCCCUCCUGGGUCUCGUUGAGGACCGGAAGGCCCAGGGAAUGCCGCCCGCCAAGACCAAGACGUCGCCUGACCGCAAGUCGGCAAAGACAAAAUCCCUCACUGAGCCCACUGAGCCGGACCCGGUGGGUGCAGCUGUCUUGGCUGAGUGGGCCACCAUCAGGUCCAAGAUAUUCAAGGGCGUGGAGGAGGGCAGUGAAUACCCAGACCCGAGCAGGAGCCAACCUCAAGCCAGCCAUGAAGACCAGCAUGACUUUGCCCACACGCACUUGAGGAAGACCAUGUCCGCUAGCGCCAAGUUCUCCAUCACGCCUGCCAAGAAGAAGUUUGGAGAUUCAAACAGGAACUCGGAGUGCUCCGGUCCCAGUGCAUCGGACGAUAAAAUGGGAGAGGAGGCCAUGUCGUCUGACGUGUCCACUUCCGCUUCGCCGGCCGCAAGCCGUAAAGCUCAGAAUAGGAUGAGUAAGAGCGUCCGCCUCAUAGAUAGACCAGAGGAUGAGUGUGUGUUUGCCAAAGACCUUCCAUCUUUCCUCGUUCCCAGCCCUGGAGCCAAGCCUGAAGGGCCUGAGUGGAAGGCUCGAGAUCGUAGCGGGUCAGCGGAGCCCGAAAGCAGAGUUGAGGGCGAGGAACCGAGUCGGGAUGGCGAGGAAAAGCCUUUGCCGUUUGGCAUCAAGCUAAGGCGGACCAACUACUCGCUCAGGUUCCACAGCGAGCAGUCCACGGAGAAACGGAAGAAGCGCUACAGCGCCGGAGACAGUUUUGAUGGCGUCCCCUCGCCCCUGACCCCCAUCGAUUUGGACUCCGACACCUCUCCGGUCUUUUCCGACCCAUCCAGUCCAACAUCGCCUCAGAAAGAAGCCAAGUACUCCCUCGCCUCAGCCUCCCCCGUGUUGUCCUGGGCUGGCUCAGGCAAAUCCCUCAGCCCCACGCCACAAUGCGACGGGCACCACGUGCCCUCCAAGCCGUCUCUCUACCACAGACCCCCCGCAGCGCCGAAACCCGCCGAAGAAGUUCCCACCUGUCCUCCAUCACCGCUGCCUAAAACGAGUCACAGCGAGACCGAGGGCUCGGUUGGCCGGAGUCAGCCCACAGCGGUGGCCCAGCUACAUCGGAGCAGCCAAGGUCAAGGGGACGACGAGCCCAAGGAGAAGAGAUCCUUCUUCCAGUCCAUCAACAUUCCCUGGAGGGAUAAAAUGGACAGGAAGACAGAGCUCAUCAAGAGAGAGAAACCUUCGCUUCAGAGCAGGCAUUCCCUGGAUAGCGCCAGGGUCCAGGAGAAGGAGGCGGGCCCCUUGUGGAUCACGCUGGCGCUGCAGAAACAGAAAGGAUUCCGGGAACAGCAGCAGAACCGCGAGGAGCGUCGCAGCCUACGGGAAACCAAGCUGGCCGAGAAGCAAGCCCGGGAGCGAGACAGUGUGGGCUUAACGAUGACAAUUAGCCCCACGGAGACCCGAGGUGGAAGCGGGAGCGUCAGUCCAGGUUCUAAAGCGCCGACGCCGGACGAUCCCAAGAGACCAGACAGCCUGCUGGGACGGUUCGAGAGGCGAGAGCAGCUGAAGAAAGCCAACACGCUGCCCAGUUCCGUCACGGUGGAAAUCGCUGACUCCACGCCGUCGCCCCCUGCUGUCAAGGAGGUGUCCAAGCGCUUCCCCGCCAUGGACUCGCCACAGGUAUCCACCGAGCCCGCCUGGCUGGCUCUGGCCAAGCGGAAGGCCAAAGCCUGGAGCGACUGUCCUCAGAUCAUCAAGUAACAACCCCACCUCCACAACCUCCCCCAUAAACCCUCCUACUCCUACUCACGAUGACAGCGGUCCCCAACCACCAUACAUAUAUAUGUAUAUAUACUGUAUGACACUGUAGGAUCGAGUUAAAAAAAAUGCAAAUAAGCUGUUUUUUGGGCAAAAAUAGGUAAAAUAAAAAUAUCUGCAAAUAGGCGCAAUCUCAAAUGCCGGAAUUCAAAUAUGCGGGGGUGCACUGUGUACAAUACGGUGCUAUUUUGUCCCUAUUAAAAACACAAAACAAAUAAAUUGUGGUGGUUUUUGAGGGGUCUGGAAAAUAGACUCACGCAAGUCAAGGUACCCCUGGAAUUAGUUUUUAUCUGUUACAAUGCCGGUCCGUCAAAAAUAUUGCUUCCGGUCCGUGGCGCAAAGAAACAAAUGUUGGGGACCGCUGCACUCCACUCCACAAACACACCAGCUCUGCAUGGAGACGCCACACUACUGCACAACCACUCCCAUCACACAGGCUGCAUUCAAAUAUACAAAUAUUAUAUGUCAAGGUUGCAAGCAUGCGGCUAACACACAAAGACACAUUUUUAUUCAUAUUGUAGCCAAAAACUGGGAUUGUAAAUACGCAAAGGCCUCCAACGAAGAGGCGUAGUUUGCCAGUGUUAAGAUGGGGGAAAGAGUCACUAAGGGUCUCUUAAAGGGCUAGAAGUGUUAUUUCCACUGUGUCCGUGACGGAAUGGUGGUGGGAGGGUUCUUCAUCCGUGCUCGGCUUCCGGUCACUUCCUGCUUGCUGUACAAUGUAGAUCAGGGGUGGGCAAAGUAUGGCUCGCGGGCUACGUUCUUUAAUCUGGCCUAACGAGCAUUUACAUUAUCAAGAGUCUUGUAAUAUUUGUUGUAUUAGUUUUACACAUUUUCAGCCCUAAAAUUGGUCAAUUAAAAUGGAUCUAUUCAUUUAUUUUACGUUAUUAGGAGUCCCGUAAUAUUUCUUGCAUUAAAUUCGACAUUUUCCCCUCUGAAAUUGGUACAUUAAAAUGGAUUUACUCAUUUAUUUAAUUUUCCAGGAUCAAGAGAUAUUUGUUGCAUUAAUUCAGACCUGCCUCUCCCAAAAUGAUUAUAUUGAUAUAUUUGUUUUACAAUCAACAGUGCUGUAAUAUUUGUUGCAGAAAUGUAGCUAUUCUCCCCAAAAACUGGUUCAAAUUUAAUAAUUUGAUUUCAUGUUGUUGUUGCAUUAAGCCAUUUUCCACCAUAAAAAUUGGUAAAUAUUUAUUCAUUAUAUUUUACAUUAUACUCAUGUAAUAUUUGUAAUAUACAUUUUGCCACACCCCCAAGUUGCAAAUUAAUUUACUGUAAAUACAAAACAAUAUUUUUUCAUUUGAUUUUAUUCAAUAACUAAUUCAUUAUAAUUAAAUAAAUAAUAGUACAAUAAAAAAGCAUUAGAAUGAGAUAUUACUAUAGUAAUAAAUGAAUAUGAAAUUAUUUGCCUUUUUUUUUAAACCUCAUCUACAAAUGAACUGUGCCAACUUUCUCAUUAAAUAAUUUGCUAAUGGAUUUUUUUUAGUAAUACAAUACACAAAUCUAAAUAUUUUUAUUUUAUCAAAUAAUUAAUUUAUAUUAAUUCAGUAAUAAUACAAUCACAUACAUUUAAAAUUUUGAAUGAAUGAACUUCAGUAAUUAUUUCAUUUACAUUUUGUUAACUUCAUCUACGAAUGACCUGGACCAUCCUUCUCAUUAAUUCCAUUUGCUAAUUGAUUUUAAAAAAUCAAUUAAGUCAUAAAAUAUAUGAGUAAAAUUAAGAAUGUGUAUACAUUUUAUUAAACCAGUCGUUGAUUAUAAUGAAAUGAAUGGUAAAUAACAAUAAACCAAUAUUAAUAUAUUAAAACAAACUAUUUGACCCUUUUUUUUUUUAACCUGCGAAUGGCCUGGUCCAUCCGCCCUUCAUAAAAAUUUGAAUGUGGACCUUGAGUACAAAAGUUUGCCCACCCUUGAUGUAGGUCCUGUUUGUAGAUCAUCAUCAUCAUCAUCAUUACUUCCUCCUCUUCGUCAAUGUUCUUCCUGCCAUAACCAUGUGCAACAAAUGUACUGUAUGUAAGACAGAGCCUUGUUUCUAACCUUGCCGGUGUACGCAGUGUUGUGUAACAGAAACAAACAAAAAAAAGUUUGGUAUCAUUUGCACUUUUUUUGGGGUCCCACUUAAACUUGUGAA